UUAAGAAGGAUAGGAAAAGGAGUGAGUCAAGACUGGAGGUCAUGUAAGAAUUGCCACAAGAGAGGCUAAUUUGGAAAUUGUGUGCAAAGAAAAAAAGUUGUUGGAAUUAUGCAGAACUUUGUCGUUUUGAGUAAAUACGUUUAAGAUGACAUGCGUAAAAACAAGGUGCCUGAUUAGCAUGUGCUACCUUUAAGUGCCUUUAUCCAAAUGAAAUGAUACUGUAGAAUUUAAAAUGGCUACCUGGAUCUGUUUUAUGACUUACAGUGAAAAAUAAACUAAGCCAAAGCUGCACAAAUUUGAGUUUUAAGAGAUUCUGUUUUCACCUCUCUGUUAGUUUGGGUCCUGUACAACUCCCCUGUUUACUUGUCUCCAAGAGUGAGUGCGUGCACAACAUGGCCCAGAAAUAGCACCUGAACGUUUUGCAUUACGCUGUUGCUGUGAUGCCUCUGAGGGCCACAGCUGAGUGAACCCCACCGUAAGGCCAUUUAAUAAACACAUUCACAAAUAUUGACUCAUUGUCUAACGUGCUGGAGAUGACGCUGUCAGCCACGAGUCUGACGAGUCAAUUCACAGACAGAACUAUCAGGUUGUAAUAUAGUUUUAUAUCUGUUUUCGUAUAAACCAAUAUUAAAAGUGAGUUAUUUAUUAUUAUUAAUUAGCAUAUUCAGUUAAUUGGUCUAUAUCUAAAAACUACACACUGCAAAAACACAUGCUCGUAAUAUCGCUAUUUGAUUUUCUCAUGAACGAAAAUGUAAAAAAGAAGUGUGAGGGGGUUCAGAUAUUGGCAAUACAUUUAAGUUAUACUCUUAAAUCCACAAUUCACUCAUGCUCACCACAGAGUUGAAUAACACAUUUCAUUUUUGACAUCAAAGGUUUCAGCUCUGCAUGUGACCUUCUUUAAGGUCGCUGCAAGCAGUAAUUUAUUUUUGUCUUCAACUACAGAGAUAUUGCAGUCUACACACACACCACCAACCCCCACAACUAUAAUAUUAUACAACUCUCUUACAAACCUAAAUUAUAAUUAGUUUUAAAAGAGUAAAACUAUGGCAAGAAAUUAUUCAAAAUUCUCUCUAGUUGGGAUUUUAUUUUUGGAAGUCCAUGUUUGUUAAGAGAGUAAACGUGCCCACCGUGCUGCAGAUAUAUUCGUGCACAGUAACACCCACAAAUGUUUUGGCCACACAUUUGGUUUUUAAAAUAGUUUGUAUAACCUCAUCAUUUAAAAAAAAGUACAUAGACAAAAAUAAAACAAAAACAAAUUAUACGACAUCCUGUUAUGAUCCAUAAAUAAAAAAUAUGUCGUUUAAGCAUUCAAACAGGGAGCAGAACCUAACAUGUUAUACUUUGUAGGAUAAUAUCUUUGGAACCGAUACUUACAGCACACACACGUUUUUAUUUUGAACCUUAGUCUGCAACGGCACCACCUCCUGUGACCCUCAUCUGCUGCCGUCCAGGGUCUAAAGCAAAAUUACCCCGGAUCAUAACAACAGGUCCCGUCCAUUACUUUUUCCCCCCUCGGGACAAUGGCCGCAGCUCGCUCUAUUCACACUGACUGCACACACGGAUCCCACCGAGCAGAGCACGGAGUCAACACUGCGGUGCGCGCGGAGGAGCGACCGGCUGGAUGUGUAAAUAUGGGUUUUUAUCAAAGCGCGUAUUAAUACUUUUUACUCCGGACUAUUCAUACUCCCACGUGGAGUUUUCCUUUCGAUAAAUGGACAUGUUUCUCUCCGCUGACACCGAUCUUUUUACGUGCGUAAAGCUGUGCGUAAUUUGUGCGUAAACUUGUCCCUCAUACGUUGCAGGGGGAAAAUGAAGAUAUCACUGCAUUAUUUAUGAUCCUUAAAACAUUUUGUACUAACAAUAUGCAUACUCUAGCGAGGCAGGCUGUUUUGUAAUUGCAGAAUCAAAGAGGGGAAAUGGCUCUUUCAUAGCCGAGCAGCCUUUGUCUGCUCCGACAAAAGAGAGACGACUGUAUAUCUGGAUCAACUUUUUAGGACUUUUAUUGUACAAUAACCUUUGCAUAACAACUAUUUUUCUAAAGCGUUGCCUGAGGCACUGCGCAUGCGCGCUGGCAGCUUGCUGUCACUAAGACAUUUUUCUUCACGUUGGAAACUGUCACUGCUGACGUCAAUCACCAAGCUCUGACCAAUUAGAGCGCGGGGUGAUUGUUUAGCUCCACGGGCUGCAGCGCCUACCAUGAAUCUCUAUUCAGUAUCAAAGCGUCCUGCUGCUGCCUCUCAACCGAAUGGGAUUCCAUGUAGUCUGCAGAUAGACUUAACUUUAUAAAGUCUUUUUUCUUUAUUUUUUUUCACUACGAUUAAAAUAUAUUUGUCAUCAUCAUUAUUAUUUUGCCUGCUGUCAAGUUAUUCUAAAAUUAGGAAGUAAUGAGCGUGGAUGCACUGGGAAGCCCCGUGAUGGACCCUACGUUUUCCAAACGGAACACGGCGCUGAGAUUAGUUGACUUGGCAGGGGCUCACCACCAUCACCAUCAUCACCACCAUACCCCUCAGAGCGUGACAGGCUUCCCGGGGUUCAGCAGCCAUCCACACUCAAUGGCUCACUCGCACCCUGGGGAGAUUACUGCGGAACCCCGCCUGGGGCCGAGUCCAUUCGGGCCAGAACACAUGGGGCACUCCGCGGCCCUCAAAAUCAGCCCAGCCCAUCAUUAUCCCCACCACCAUCUCCACCACCACAAUCAUCAUAUGGCAGGCCACAGUGAAGUGGUCUCCAGUCAAACGGGAGCUUUUGGCCCGGUUCAGGCGACAUCGGUGCCCUAUCCUAUGUCUCACCACCCGGCCCAGGCUCUAUCCGCAGGCAGGGACUUCCUCAUCCGGAGAGAUCUGACAGCUCAAGCCAUGCCCGUGCUGACCGACCAGUCUGCCGGUUCAGCCUCUCACCACGGAAUGUUUGUCUCAACAACAGGUAGCUAUCCCGGACACUAUGGUCACCACCCUGACGCUGGGAACCUCUUCUCCGGACUCCAUCACGACCAGUCUUCUAGCGGAUCCCCGGGUGGCCAAGCGUUGAAUGGACAAAUAAGGUUAGGACUACCUGGAGAAAUGUACGUUAGAUCUGAUCACUUGAGUCAAGUGACAAGCUCCAGGGCUGAUCCGUUCUCCGCCUCGCCGAUGCAUGGCUACGGUGGUCUGAAUCUGAACAUGAAUCUGAGCGCGCACCACCACCACCACCACGGAGCCGGAGCCUUCUUCCGUUACAUGAGGCAGCCGAUCAAGCAGGAGCUCAUCUGCAAGUGGCUGGAGCCGGAGAUCUCGCCGAAGAAACUUUGCUCCCAAACUUACAGCACCAUGCACGAGCUGGUAACGCACGUGACGAUGGAGCACGUCGGAGGACCGGAGCAGGCGAACCAUAUCUGUUUUUGGGAAGAGUGUCCGAGGGAAGGCAAGCCUUUUAAAGCCAAGUACAAACUUGUAAAUCACAUCCGAGUGCACACCGGGGAGAAACCGUUUCCAUGCCCCUUCCCUGGCUGUGGGAAAGUGUUUGCCAGAUCGGAGAACCUUAAGAUCCACAAAAGGACUCACACAGGUGAGAAGCCCUUCAAGUGUGAGUUUGAGGGCUGUGACCGACGCUUCGCGAACAGCAGUGACCGGAAGAAGCACUCGCACGUGCACACCAGCGAUAAGCCUUACAACUGUAAAGUGCGAGGCUGCGAUAAAUCCUACACACACCCCAGCUCCCUGCGGAAACACAUGAAGGUGCACUGCAAGUCCCCCCCACCCAGCUCCGGGUACGAGUCCUCCACGCCGUCCCUGGUGUCCCCCUCCUCGGACAUGGGCCGGGAGCCAGGAGCCUCCUCGGAGCCGGUGGGAGCCUCCCAGCCGGCCAAUUUAAGCGAAUGGUACGUGUGCCACAGUUCAGGUGCAAGUGGUGCCCAAACACCUCCCAGUGGAGCCUCCACACCGGACCCCUCAGAGCCACCUUACAGGAACCAAGAGCCGAGGGACGCGUUUUAAUCUGGAUCUGAACGCAUCAUUGAAGCGUUUUAAUCUGGACUUGAACGCAUCAUUGACAUUUUUAAAAGCCUCACAGUUCAAAACGGUUUGGCUCCGGUGCCUAUACGCCUCUUGGAAGAACCCCCCAACAUUUGGAAGGUGCAGACCCUAAAGACGUGCUAAUUUCCAGGCACUCUAAAAAUAUAUAUUUUGAAACUCAGCUGUUUAAAAGCUUGGCUCGGUGCCUGACGGUCCACUUGUGGAGAGUCGUGUAAAUCCCGUUAGACUGUUCAUGUGGUAUUUUUAUUAGGCUAUAGGCAUGUUGGUGUACAAUUAUUUUGUAAAUUCAAUAUGUUUUUAUUUAUUUUUCAAUCUGAUAUUGAAGGGAAUUUUUGUAUUAUCGAACCAAAGUGCAUGUUUCAAUUAGGAUGAAAAAAAUGUACAUUUGUAAAUUUUGUAAGUUUUGAUGUGUUGGUGUUUGCAGUUAUUUGUACAAAACGUUUUUAUGUUUAUUUUCCCCAUGUGUGCAGAAGGGUCAACAAUUUGAACUGUUUCAUACGCCUGCAGUAUUUGAUAUACGACCGUGAAAUUAUAAAUGUUUUAUCAAAGUGGGCAUUUUGUGAUUUUGUAUCAUUGUCGUCAAUAUAUAUAUAUUUUUCUUUUUUUUUGAAUAUCUGAAAACGAACGGCACUCAAACGCGUACCGAAUUGCCUUGUAAUUUGUGAGUAUUUUGAAUAAAUCUUGUAUGACUAAAGUGAAAA